AUGUCGAAAGCCGACUUCCACUCCAGAGUCCAAGCUAACUCCUGCCAAACUCACACUUCAAGGGAUAGGCCUGUCUCAUCCCAAGUCGAGCCAGGAUACCUCAGAAAGCUGCUUCUGUGUAUGCAUUUUUUAUUCUUCUGGGCUGCGAGCCACGCUUGUACAGAGCUUGAGGCUGUGGUCACGGACUGGACCACUCAGUUACUCAGGCUUGACAAGGCAUUCUACAACAUCUCCAAGGUCAGCAGCGGCGGCAUCAUUCAGAUGUCAUGUUUGCGUUCACUCAUGCCUCAACUCCUCCUUCUGGUACCCUUGGGCGUCAUCCACAUAUGUUUGAGUCACAUCAGCAUUUGCUGA